UCAGUCGUCAUCUUCUUCCAAGUCUUCUCGUAUUCGCUAAGCCAAACAAGUCUUCGUCAGAAGCAAGUCGACGCGUUUCUCGUUGUUGAAGAAAGGCCUCCCAACCACCUCCGACUUCAGCCUGCUAAUAAAUAAGCCCUCGAAUCUCAGUUUCAGAGAGAGGGAGAGCGAGAGAGAGAGAGAGGGAGCGGAGGCUUGGAAAGAUGUCGAUGGCGUCGCAGGAGCAUGUGGAGAAGAUGCAGCUCCGCCAGAACUACCGGAACCUCUGGCACUCCGAUCUCAUAGGAACUAUUAAGACCGACACUCCCUAUUGCUGCGUUGCGUUCUGGUGUGGUCCAUGUGUCUCGUACCUCCUCCGCAAGCGAGCCCUUUAUGGUGAUAUGUCAAGGUACACUUGCUGUGCUGGAUAUAUGCCCUGCAGCGGUCGGUGUGGAGAAAGUCGAUGCCCAGAGUUUUGCCUUGGCACUGAGGUUUUCUUGUGCUUUGGAAAUUCUGUAGCAUCAACCCGAUUUCUGUUGCAAGAUGAGUUCAACAUACAGACAACACAGUGUGACAAUUGCAUUAUUGGUUUCAUGUUAUGUCUUCAACAAAUUGCAUGCAUCUUUUCCAUUGUUGCAAUGAUUGUUGGAAGCGAGGAAAUUCAAGAGGCUUCUCAACUACUGUCUUGUUUGUCUGAUAUGGUUUAUUGCACGGUUUGUGCAUGUAUGCAGACACAACACAAGAUCGAAAUGGACAAAAGAGAUGGUAAAUUCGGGCCACAACCUGCAAUGGCUGUGCCGCCUGUCCAGCAGAUGUCACGCCUCGAUCAGCCAUAUCCUCCCACUGUCGGGUAUCCACCUCCACCAGCAUACCCUCCACCAGGUUAUCAAAGGUGAUUGUUGCAGUGUGCAUUCUUGAUAUAGUUAGCCAUGCAUCAUUCAUUCAGUAAUUGAACUAGGCACUUCAGCCCUCGGAUUGCUAUUCUGGGAACGAGAUGCGUCCGUGAACUAAGUUGCGCAUGAGCGCCUAGGUUUUUAAAAUAUGGAGUGUAAAGAAUAGUGGUUUGAACAUACAACUAGCUUGUUAUCUAUACUUUUGUGCGGAUUUGCAUUUGAGCUUGCAUGUGUACUUGCAAAUUUAUGUGUGGAUAUAACUAUGGAUCAGCAUUCUUGGAAUUCCAUUCAGUUUCUGUUGCUGCUUACUAAA